AUGCCUGAGGUGGUUCUCCGUCCUACCACGAUGAAUUCUGACUUCAAGCAGAUGUUACACGGAAAAGUGAUGGCUUUACAGGAGGCCUUGGAUGACGCCCAACCACUAAUGAGCACUGAGAAGAUUGACUUGGUCCGUGCUAUCUGCCCAGUGAUUCAAGCAUUUUCCCAGGAUAAACAGCAUACCGCACUCAGCAGCCUCCUGCAUGAGAUGUCGGGGAUCCUUACACCAGAGCCAGGAAUGCCACAGCCACGUUCCACAACGGACACGUCAUGGACGCCACAAGCAGACCCUUCACAGGAGCAGUCUCCUGUGCUCAGUGAAUCUGUCAACCCUAGUGCAGCCGAAGACGAACACAGUGACAACGAUAAUGGGCUGGCGUCAGAGACACCGAUCUCCAAAGCAGCCAACACUAUAGAUAUCCGAAUGCCCGAAAUCGACAUGGACGCCCUUUUCCCGGUUAGCACACCGGUGCUGAGUUAUGAUGACAUCAACAAUAUAAUUGCCUUAGCUGGCAGCCUCGGUGGCGUUGAAGACUGGCCAGCCGGAGCGAUCGACAACACACUUUUUGUAUCGCAGUCCCCAACGUCAGCAAAUAUCCGGAUUCCAUCUCUACCGCCUGUUGAUUCCAGCGGUGAUUGGCUCCUCAACGACAUGAUUGAUUUGAACACACCACUUGGGUUACCGAAUGCCGAGCCCGAAACUGAUGAUUUAAAUUCGAGCGCAAACAGAUCUGGACCGGCCGACAUAUUUUCUGGGGGGUUUCAGUUGGAUUCUGUUUCUCCCGUGUCUUCUUUGUUUCCACCCAUAGCCGAAACUCGCUCGGUACAAGACGGCGAGUCGGGCGCCGUUUAUCACGAAGCCGACAAUGCACUCGGUCUUUCAGGAAAUCCGGAUGAAAGAGCUCCAGUCGAUUCGGGCACUGCCCCGGUAACACCAUCGUCCUUUCCCCCCCAGGCAGUAGAAGCCAGUGGGAUGGCUCUGCUGAGGGGUGACAACAUUUCUUGGGAUUGGAUUCCUCUUACUGGUCGCUUCGAAACUGCGUGGGGCGUCUUCGAUGGUCAAUACCUGAAGGCCGUGCUGGAGGAACUGACAUAUGCUAGCCGUGUUAUAACCGAGCGAACAAUUGACUACUUUGUCAGCAAGUGGUCUCGCUCGCAGGGAGCGUCUGAGGUGUGGGCUGGCAGAGAACACGAAUUCGAGGCCCUGGCUCAUCUCGGACAGCGGCGGCCUUUGGUCUUGGUCAAGGAACAAUCUCAAUGGGCAUUGAUCGAGGUUCAGCGUUCCGCCGGCCGAGUUAACCACUACAGAUGCCGCGUGUCCGAUCAGCCUACGAGCCCGGCAUGGGAUCACGGCCAAUGCAGCUAUUGCGUCAGAGUCGGCGAACGCAUGUCGGACAUACUACACCUACAGAAGGAGUUAGUGAAACCGUGGCAGAAUACUCUGGAGAUCAUUACCACGUCGGCGCGAGACACGACCUGGGUUCUUUGGAUGACGCACCUCCAUAUCGAACAGUUAGACUUGUCACGUCACGUCCCCCCAGACUAUGCUAGGCAUUUGGCCCAGGAGAUCCUCUUCGACCUUAAAGCAAGCCAGACUACCGACUUGGUAUUGAAUAUGCCAAAAUCCCUCUCGCCCCCUGUAAGCGAGGAGCAGGUGAUUCAAACCUUCUACCUUGAAUUGGGCAAGAAGAACAAAUACGAUGACAGACUUUGGAACACAAUCAUCGAGGUAGCCAAGGACCCGUCACACAGAACUGGAGUACAAGAAAUUGGACUUCAGCGUUCCAGUGAACUUUUCCAACUAGCAAUGAAUAUUGCUUCUCCCGAUGCUCUUCUCAUGCUCAAAGAAUGUUUGCGCGAGUUGCGAUCACAAUCCCAGCCUCCUGAUAACUACCCGGAAAACGCGAACGGGACUUUCCGUGCGCUACAGGCAUACAGUCAGAAAAAACAGCUGUCCAAUGUGGGAUUGAGAUUGGCGCAAUGGAAGUUGUACCAGGUAAAGAAAAAAGGCGGUGACUUGGAAAGCGAGAUAAUCCGGUCAACCCCGCCGGGGAAAGCCUCUCCUACUCCUGCAGAAAUCCAUCGUGAUCUGUCAGCAAAUAACAAAGGGGUAUACUGGGAUAAUCUGGUGGAUGUUUUUGGUGGGGAUCCAAAUAUUCUCUGCUUUAUUCCUCGAAAUGCCAUCGGUCCACCUCCUUGGAGCCGCAGAUAUACCGCAACUACAUACCGGGAUCUGCCGAUACCGGAAAAAACGAUAUUGGGCAAAUUCUGGAGACAGUUCAAGCGCCACGUCCUCAUGGGCGUAGAUGGGAAACUAUCGAGCCACCUGCUAUACAUGAGAGCCCCAGUGGGCAUCUACCCACUGGAGCAAAUGAGCGAUGAAUCUAUUAUACAAGAUGACUCCAUAUUUACUUUUGACAUGGAUGCACUGAGUAGGCCUAGUUGUGUUUAG